AUGAAGCUACAGGCUGUCAUGGAGACCCUGCUACAACGUCAGCAACGUGCUCGCCAGGAGCUAGAGGCCCGGCAGCCGCAGCCUCCGGAGCCUUCUCCUGGCCCUCCGACCCGAGCCCACGCUGGGCCCCCAGAAGAGGACAAGGAGCCCGACAGCGCUCGUAUCCAGCAAGCCCAGAUUGCUGCACUGGCAGCCAUGCGUGCGGUCGCAGCGGGUCUCAGACACUCAGCCAGCCCCAGUAGUGACUCUGCCGACAGACCCCCGGGCUCCGGGGAUGAAGACACAGCAGCCGGGCAGGGGGUGCCGGGCUCUCCCGCCCCACCAGGCCGAGGCAGGGAGGGACCUGCGCAUGCUGAAGGGGACGGUCACUUUGAGGACGUGGGCUCAGACGAGGACAUGAAGCAGAAGUGGGAGGAAGAGCUCGAGGGGGACCUGGCCGACGAGGACGAGGAUGUGGACGAGGAUGAGGAGGAUGAGGAUGACUAUGAGGAUGAGGAGGAGGAAGAUGAGGAGGAGGAGGGGCUGGGACCCCCGGGUCCUGCCAGCCUGGGUUCUGGAGCUCUGUUUCCCCGGAAGACGCAGCCACCCCAGCCCUUCCGUGGUGAUGGUGUUCCCCGGGCACUGGGCAGCCAGGAGCGCCAGGGGCCUGGCCCAGCCCAUCCCGGAGGGGCUGCCCACGUGGUACCCUCACUGCUGCCGCCAGACCAUGGGGACUGGACCUACGAAGAGCAGUUCAAGCAGCUCUAUGAGCUUGAUGGGGACCCCAAGAGGAAGGCGUUCCUGGACGACCUGUUCAGCUUCAUGCAGAAACGAGGGACACCCGUGAACCGCAUCCCGAUCAUGGCCAAGCAGGUGCUGGAUCUAUUCAUGCUGUACGUGCUGGUGACGGAAAAAGGCGGCCUUGUGGAAGUCAUCAACAAGAAGUUGUGGCGGGAGAUCACUAAGGGCCUCAACCUGCCCACCUCCAUCACCAGCGCUGCCUUCACCCUUCGCACCCAAUACAUGAAGUACCUGUACCCCUAUGAGUGUGAGAAACGUGGUCUCAGCAACCCCAAUGAGCUCCAGGCAGCCAUCGACAGCAACCGUCGCGAGGGCCGGCGCCAGAGCUUCGGGGGCUCCCUGUUCGCCUACUCUCCCGGUGGGGCCCACGGCAUGCUCUCCUCACCCAAGUUAUCUGUGCCCUCCUUGGGCUUGGCCGCUAGCACCAACGGCAGCUCCAUGACCACGGCCCCUAAAAUCAAGAAAGAGGAGGACUCGACCAUCCCCAUCACGGUCCCAGGACGCCUGCCCGUCUCCCUGGCGGGCCACCCCGUGGUAGCGGCCCAGGCAGCCGCUGUUCAGGCAGCGGCCGCGCAGGCGGCUGUGGCAGCGCAGGCGGCGGCCCUGGAGCAACUCCGGGAGAAGCUGGAGUCUGGGGAACCUCCGGAGAAGAAGAUGGCCCUGGUAGCCGAUGAACAGCAGCGGUUCAUGCAGCGAGCGCUGCAGCAGAAUUUCCUGGCCAUGACUGCCCAGCUGCCCAUGAGCAUACGGAUCAACAGCCAAGCUUCCGCCGAGAGCCGCCAGGACUCAGCUGUGAACCUAACCAGCACCAACGGCACCAACAGUAUUAGCAUGUCAGUCGAGAUUAACGGUAUCAUGUACACAGGAGUCCUGUUUGCUCAGCCGCCCGCCCCAACGCCACCCUCGGCUCCCAGCAAAGGCGUUGGCGCUGGCGGAGGCAGCGGAGGGAAUCGGGGAGGAAGCGGCAGUGGGACCAGCAACAGCUCAGGCAGCCAGGCCGGAGCAUCGGGGCUGUCCGCAGCCCCUACGUCUUCUACCUCAAGUAACUCGGUGCCUUAA